ACUGUCCCGUUAGCGCCGGAUUCCCGCGGGUAGGGCGAGGCGGGCGGCGCCGAGGGCAUCCCGGGCCGCUGAGGGCUUCUCCUGACGAGGCGCGGCAACAUGGACCGGAUGGCUAGCUCUAUGAAACAGGUGCCUAACCCGCUGCCCAAGGUGCUGAGUCGGCGCGGGGUCGGCACGGGGCUGGAGGCUGCAGAGCGCGAGAGCUUCGAGCGGACUCAGACUGUCAGCAUCAAUAAGGCCAUUAAUACGCAGGAAGUGGCCGUGAAGGAAAAACAUGCCAGAACGUGCAUCCUGGGCACCCACCACGAGAAAGGAGCUCAGACCUUUUGGUCCGUCGUCAACCGGCUGCCUCUCUCCAGCAAUGCCAUGCUCUGCUGGAAGUUCUGCCACGUCUUCCACAAGCUGCUCCGUGACGGACACCCAAAUGUUCUAAAGGACUCCCUGAGAUACAAAAACGAAUUGAGUGACAUGAGCAGAAUGUGGGGCCACCUGAGUGAGGGGUAUGGACAGCUCUGCAGCAUCUACCUCAAACUGCUGAGAACGAAGAUGGAGUACCACACCAAAAAUCCAAGGUUCCCAGGCAACCUUCAGAUGAGUGACCGACAGCUGGAUGAGGCUGGAGAAAGUGACGUCAACAACUUUUUCCAGCUAACAGUGGAGAUGUUUGACUACCUAGAGUGUGAACUCAACCUCUUCCAAACUGUAUUCAGUUCCUUGGACAUGUCUCGCUCUGUGUCAGUGACAACAGCCGGGCAGUGCCGCCUCGCCCCAUUGAUCCAGGUCAUCCUGGACUGCAGCCAUCUCUAUGACUACACUGUCAAGCUUCUCUUCAAACUCCACUCCUGUCUCCCAGCUGACACCCUGCAAGGCCACCGGGACCGCUUCAUGGAGCAGUUCACAAAACUGAAGGAUCUGUUUCUGCGCUCCAGCAACCUACAGUACUUCAAACGACUCAUUCAGAUCCCCCAGCUGCCUGAGAACCCACCCAACUUCCUGCGGGCCUCAGCCCUGUCAGAACACAUCAGCCCCAUGGUGGUCAUCCCAGUGGAGGCUUCAUCCCCUGACAGUGAGCCAGUCUUAGAGAAGGAUGACCUCAUGGACAUGGAUGCCUCUCAGCAGAAUUUAUUUGAUAACAAGUUUGAUGACAUCUUUGGCAGCUCAUUCAGCAGUGAUCCCUUCAAUUUCAACAGUCAAAAUGGUGUGAACAAGGAUGAAAAGGACCACCUGAUCGAGCGACUGUACCGAGAGAUCAGCGGGCUGAGAGCCCAGCUGGAAAGCGUGAAGACUGAGAGCCAGCGGGCCAUGCUGCAGCUGAAGGGCCGCGUGAGUGAGCUGGAGGCUGAGCUGGCCGAGCAACAGCACCUGGGCCGGCAGGCAGCUGAUGACUGCGAGUUCCUCAGGGCAGAGCUGGACGAGCUCAAGAAGCAGCGGGAAGACACGGAGAAAGCGCAGCGGAGCCUGACAGAGAUAGAGAGGAAGGCCCAGGCCAAUGAGCAGCGGUAUAGCAAGCUCAAGGAGAAGUACAGCGAGCUGGUUCAGAACCAUGCUGACCUGCUGCGGAAGAACGCAGAGGUGACCAAACAGGUCUCCAUGGCCAGGCAAGCCCAGGCAGAUUUGGAACGAGAGAAAAAAGAGCUCGAAGAUUCCUUUGAGCGAGUCAGUGACCAGGCCCAGCGGAAGACCCAGGAACAGCAGGAAAUUCUAGAGAGCUUAAAGCAGGAACUUGCUACCAGCAGGCAGGAGCUGCAGCUCCUCCACAACAACCUGGAAACUUCUGCCCAGUCAGAAGCAAAAUGCAUGGCGCAGAUCAUGGAGCUGGAGAAGCAGCGGGACAGCCUGGUGACCACCGCAACGGGUCGGGAGGAGAAAUUGUCAGCCCUGCAAGAGCAGCUGGAAUGCUCCCAGCUCAAACUGGCCAGCGCACAGGAGUCUAUGUGCCAGCUCGCCAAGGACCAGCGGAAGGCGCUGCUGGCGCAGUCCAGGAAGGCUGUGGAGCGCAUGGUGCAGGAGGCACUGAGCCAGCUGGAGGAGCCCACACUCAUCAGCUGUGCGGGGUCCACAGAGCACCUUCUCUCCAAGGUCAAGUCUGUUUCCAGCUGCAUCGAGCAACUGGAAAAGAGUCGAAGCCAGUAUCUGACCUGCCCAGAAGAUAUAAGUGACCUUCUGCACUCUGUCAUGCUGCUUGGCCACCUGACUAGUGACACCAUUGCUCACGGGAGCAGCACCAGCCUCAGGGCCCCGCCAGAGCCUGCAGACUCACUGACCGAGGCCUGCAAGGAGUACGGCAGGGAAACCCUGGUCUUCCUGGCCUCCCUGGAGGAAGAGGCUGACAGCACAGCUGUAAGGAACUGCCUGAGCAAGAUCAAGGCCAUUGGCGAGGAGCUGCUGCCCAGAGGCCUGGACAUCAAGCAGGAGGAACUGGGAGACCUUGUGGACAAGGAGAUGGCCACCACUUCAGCUGCUAUUGAAGCUGCCACAGCCCGGAUCGAGGAGAUGCUCAGCAAAUCCAGAGCGGGAGACACAGGAGUCAAGUUGGAGGUGAAUGAAAGGAUCCUUGGUUCCUGUACCAGCCUAAUGCAAGCCAUCCAGGUCCUGAUUGUGGCCUCAAAAGAUCUCCAGAGGGAGAUCGUGGAGAGCGGCAGGGGAACCGCAUCCCCUAAGGAAUUUUAUGCCAAGAACUCUCGCUGGACAGAAGGACUCAUCUCAGCCUCCAAAGCUGUGGGCUGGGGAGCCACCAUCAUGGUGGAUGCUGCUGACCUAGUGGUCCAAGGCAGAGGGAAAUUUGAGGAGCUGCUGGUGUGUUCACAUGAAAUUGCUGCUAGCACAGCCCAGCUUGUGGCUGCAUCCAAGGUGAAAGCUGAUAAGGACAGCCCCAACCUUGCCCGGCUGCAGCAGGCCUCUCGGGGAGUGAACCAGGCCACGGCGGGGGUGGUGGCCUCAACCAUCUCUGGCAAAUCACAGAUUGAGGAGACAGACAACAUGGACUUCUCAAGCAUGACGCUGACCCAGAUCAAACGCCAAGAGAUGGAUUCCCAGGUUAGGGUGCUGGAGCUGGAAAAUGAGCUGCAGAAGGAGCGUCAGAAACUAGGAGAGCUGAGGAAAAAGCACUAUGAGCUUGCAGGUGUUGCCGAGGGCUGGGAAGAAGGAACAGAAGCUUCUCCACCUACACUGCAAGAAGCAGUACCUGAAAAAGAAUAGAGGCAAGCUAACCUGCCAUACGUCAGUUCUUUUCCGUUUCAUCAUUUGCACAAACUUCCAAGCAUCAAGGACUGGUGGCCUCCAAGCCAGGAUGCUCCCGGAGUGGAGCCAGGACCAUGGGAACAUCCAGGCUGAGAACAGCAAGGCAAUUCUCCCCUUCUUUUGGCAGUCCCAAGGAUUUUCACUACUUCUUAUGGUGGUUGUUUGAGUCUUUUGGUUUUAGAUUUUGGAAGUUUCACUCACAUAGCCAACUCUCUCUGGAGCUCCGAGCCCCCAGGACCCACACCACACAGCCACGGUACUGUUCAGGCUUCACCUGGUGCUCCAACUCAGCCUCCUCACCGAGUGCCCUGCUGAGUGAGUGCCGGUCAGCCGAGGCCACUCACCAGGGGCAGGCGACAGCUCUCCUCAGAAGGCUGAAGCAGAGCGAGUGCCUUUCCUUCUUGACACUGGGCACCAGCGGAACACCUGUGUCCACCAUCACAAGCCAGAGGGCCCCCUGAGUCAGGGUGCACACAGCCCCUGGACUCCCGGGGACUCCUUUCCUCGGAGCUUACCCACCCCAGCCCUUGGUUGAAUGGCGCUGGCAAGAAAAGCAACGCUACUUCCCUGGGGUGAAUCACCCUUGCCACAUGAAGUGGGCCACCUCCCUCCACCCGGGCGAGGGCCUAGGAAAGUGUGAGACAGGCUUCUGUUCCUCCCUCUGCCUGCCCUGGCAUCCUCUGGAAUCCAAGGAAGAUAGUUCCAUGUGCUACCUAACUAACAGACCCGGCAGAGUAGGCCCUCUCGUUCCCGUCAGGAAAGAGCUCUGUGUUGGUGUGGGCCCCUUCGUAUUUAUUACUAACCUUUAAGCGGCAAUGGCUGACACAGAGAUGCUUGGAGCAAUCAAGACUGCAGGUGACUGUGAUAAGCCUGGCACUGCUGCCCUCCAGCAUCAGUUAUCAGGGAUCCCAGACAAGGCCAAGGUGCCGUCCCUGGGCAGUUGUAGGCUUGGAUCCCAAAAGCAAGCAGGUUCCUCGGAGCAUUUGGGGCAAGAUGAACAAGAAAUGGGGCCACACAUUCUCGGCCUUCACUGCCCUGCAGACAGGACAAGGACAAAGAGCACAGCUGCCUAGAGACAGGGAGCCUGAUAGCGCUUGCUGCUCCCAGAUGGGCCCCAACAUCAAGUGACCUUGCGAUCUUGGAAAAACAGCGUCUUCCUUCUUUAUCUGUAGCAGCUCAUGGGUAGUAGGCCUGCACUUCUUUGUACCUGGGCUCAUCGCUGGGUGGCUGAGUUUUGCUACGUGACGGGUUGUGAGAUUUGUUUAAUCACUGUGAAUCAACCUCCUCACCUUCCCAGUCCAUGCAUUUUCUAAGUAGGACACUUAAAGCACUGUCUCCCAGAAACUCAGAUUACCAUUUUCUGGACAUGGGACCUCUGUGCUGGACUAUGUGGAAACUGGCUCUGUCUCUCUGUGCUCAGCAUCUCUCCAUUCCAAGGUUUAGAGGGAGCAGCAUGUGGCCCCCAGCCCAUCUGUGCCACAUAAGCCAGUGAGUGCAUUGUUGCUGUGGGUCACCUUUUCCAGAAGUGGUACCUAAUCCUCACUUUCAGUCUAAACCGCUCAGACUCGUGGUGGUGGAAGAGGAGCACACUAGGAUUCUCUGAAUAACACUCCCACGGAGAUACCAUAGUCACUUUUAAGACUCUCCUGGCCUCCGCUUGAGUAAUUAAACAGUCAAAAAGGCCCAGAGCACAGGCAAACUCCAUGUGUCACAAGCAUCACUGUCAGAUGUAGUAUAAUUAUUCCAUCAUAGCUCAGAUUACAGACUAUCCCACUCAGUUAUUUUCUACCUUGGCUUGUCUAAAAAUGAUUGUUAAGAGUGGGGAUAAAAUAUCUUAUAGAAAUCACAUCUUCACACUUAAAUGAGUCAGGCCUUUUUAGUGAAUGAAGUCUAGUAAGUGAAUAUAGAUGGGGCCUAAUCAGGCAGGAUGGCAACAAAAUGCAGGUUUAGAACUGAAGAGGUCUGGUAUUCUGGGAUACAGUGCUCUAAUGCCUGCAGACUAAGGACACUUGCCAACAUAAUAAGGAAAAACAGGAAUAGAUCUUCCUUGGUGGGGUCAUUUUAUAUCUAAGCAUGGAGUUUAGACUCCUUAAUUUCCAUUACUUGCUGGUUCUGUUGCUCUCAGUGGACCCCCCCAUCAUCCCACACGACUGAGUCCUUAACCCAGUGCCUGGAAGAACCCCACACUGUCCAGAGCAUCCUGUGUUGGAAUUCUUUCACCUACUAAGUCAAACACCAAGGUUUAGGCCAGAGAGCACAGGACUCACAAGGACAUGUCAUUUCAGUCAGUGUAGUUUGCUUUGGCGUCUUGCUUCUUAGGAAGAGCUGGUUGUCAACAAUACCUGGGAGUUCUCACUUCUAUAGUCUGAAGGGGUCUCCUGGCUCCAUUUCACCCUGGUCUUUAAUAGCUGGCAAGUGUCCUGCUACUUUCUAUGCCUUUCCAAAUCUCUGGAAAUCCUGCCAAGGAAAGCCUUCUGCCCCAACAUUGGCCUUCUGGCCAGAGUGGCUUUGCCUUCUCUGCCAUCUUGGCUCCUUGAGCAACUGCACUGCCUGUAGUUUAGGAAACCACCUCCACGGAGCCUGCCAGCCAUCAACACAGUAAAGCUGUUUACUGCUCAGUUCUCUGUCUCCCAGGUCCAGGCCAUUUACAGGGCCAGUAACACCCAGGGGUGUCAUUGCCUUCCAUGCGCAGGCACCAGAGCAGCAAGAUAGAAUUGGUUAGAUGCUGUUGAACCCAAUUCCAGAAGGAGAUCUUCCCAGCCGUGUCUUUCAGGUGACCCUCAACUACCUCAGGUUUGAAGGCCCUAAAUUAAGCUGAUUACCACUCAUAGGGACAAACCGAGGGGGUUUGGUUAAAUCUAGGUAAUAACACACAUGUCUCAAACCUAUAACAAACUCACAUUUAGGUUUGCAGGGAUGGAGUCGGGUUGGUUUUUCUGUUUUUAACCUCUUCCCCCCAGUUCUCCAUUAGAAUAGUCCCUACAAAUAAAUUUCAUUUUUCACUGAGUCCCUGCCUUCCCAAAGGCAGGUGGCCACUGGCUUUUGUCUCUUUCCAACAAUACUUUUAUUACGGUAUUAAGACCUUUCUUUGUAUAAUACAUUGCAUCUGUGUUUUCAAUUUUUCAAAUAAAUAUUUCAGGCUGGCA